GAAAUCUUUUCAAGCUCACAUUCCUCAAGUCACCAAAUAAUCGGCUUCAGGGGAAAAAAGGAUCCAUCUUUCUAUUAAAUUUUUAUAUCGAUUUCAGCAUUCAAUUUUCAGUACAAAUUAUGUCCUCACAAGGUGUUAAUGUUUAUCAACUGCCACUGGAGCAAUUGGAUGGAGUUAAACAACAGCUGGACAGCGAUAUUUCUACCCUUGGAACGGCAUACGAUGGGCUUUUUAACGGUCGCACGCGCUACCUGGAGAACUGCGACGCCAUAGAGCAAUACCGACAAAUUUGUGAAAACAUGACAAAGCAAAAUGGAGAAAGGACGCCGGGGACAGAGAAACAAGAUGUGUUAGUAUGUAUGACCUCUUCUUUAUUUGUCAAAGGCACCGUUAUACCCAGCGAUAAGGUCUUGGUAGAUGUUGGGACAGGUUACUUUCUUGAGAAGUCGAUGGAGCACGCUAAAUCUUACUUUAACACACGUGCUUCGCAAAUUAAGGAAAGCAUGGAUUCGAUUGAAAAGACUAUUUUGGUAAAGCAAAAACAGCACAAUCAAGUGGUAAAUGCUAUGGAGCAGAAAGCACGUGCUAUGCAGCAAUAUCAAGAUCAACAUCCAAAUGCAUAGACAAAGGGGGGAAAGGCAAAAGGUGCGAACUCCUUGUCUACGCCUUAUUUGUGCUGUAUUUUGUUAUUCCAUGUACUAAGUUAUAAGUAAGGUUGGCAAACGUAAUAGAUUCUUCUUGACAAUGAGUGAUCAGGUUUCUUUAGUUAAAAUAUUACAAUAAAAAAAAUUGUGUGGUAUUCGGAUCCCGUUUUACGUGUGAGCGCUUGUUUCACUCUUUAUCGUUGUU